AUGAAGCUGGGAGACACACCCCUCCAUGACGCAGCUACAUGGGGCCGCCCAAAGUGUGCGGAAAUACUGCUGCAGUACGGGGCUGAUGCCGGUCUCAGGAACAAGGAUGGUCGAACGGCGGAGGACAUCGCUGCAGAUGAGGACACCAGUAAACCUUAUCCGCUCAGCAAAGAUGAGGUAGAACGAAUCACUCGUGGUAGAAAGGAAAUACUGAAGCUUCUCCGACAACAGAAUAAUGAAGUCUCCACACGUAAGAAAGGCUACGAUCCUGUACUCGUCCGGUUCUAUGAAGAAAGAGGAAUGACCGAGGCGAAGAAGGAUUGUCCGUUGAUAGAAGAAGCAGCUAAGCAGAGCGAGAAAACUGUAGACCAAGUGAAGAACUUCAUCGGCAACUAUCGUAGGAGUAAAGGCAGCAGUAAGCGGAGCCUCCCCACAGACGACAUGGGGACUGAGAACAUCACGGGACAUCGUGAAGACUUAGGGAUGUCGACAAAAGAAGGAGACAGCAGUGUUCCACUUGAAAUACAGCUGCGGGGUCCUGGAAUGCAGCAGCUGUACUCCCAGGCCUGCCGCCAGGGGGCGCGACCGGUGCACAGCGUGCGCGGGCUCGUGGUUGGUCAGUUCAGAUCCGGGAAGACGUGUGUCGUCAGGAGGCUGACGGGAGAGAAGGCUGUGGAGAAUGAACCGAUAACAGACGGCAUCGAGAUUUCACCCAGCGUACAGACCAAGACUUGGCGGAAGGCAAAAGAGGAGCCAGACGAAUUCAAGGAAACUAUGGCAGAACGAUUGGCGGAACAACAAGAACGGGACAAACCACGCACCCGGACAUCGUCAGGAGCCCAAGGAGUAGUCAGGAAAAAGUCUACAGGAAAAGCACAAAAAACGACAAGGAAGCGGACUUUGCAAACGCAGCAGGAGAAACCACCGAAGGACGAGACGCCGACGCAAAGUCAACAGACACAGAAACUGGAGGAAGAAGAUGAGAAAGAAGGUGAGAGAUGCAUAGAUUUUUUCACUAUAAGAAAUGUUCAUUAUAGAAGAUAA